AUGGAUAAAUAAUUAAAUCAAGAUAUUAAUUAAGAAGUAUUAGAUGCCAGAAGAAAGUUGUAAGAGAAAAUAGGUGAUUCAAGAACUGGAGGUAAAGGAACUUAAAGAAGAAAAAUCAAAAAAGUAAGCAAAACACAAAUUAAUGAUGAUAAAAAAUUGAAAACUGUGAUUAAAAAAUUCGGAGUUUAACCAUUCUAAGGAAUAGAUGAAGUGAAUAUGUUUAAAGAUGAUAAAACAAUAAUGCAUUUUGAUAGUCCUGAGGUUUUGGCUUCACUCUAAAGCAAUACUUUUGUUAUAAUUGGAAAACAUGAUACAAAGAGCGUUAAAGAUUUGUUACCUGAUAUUUUAUAACAUUUAGGUCCUAAAUAAUUAGCAGAUUUAAAGGAUAUUUUAUCGGCCGGUUUAGAAACUGAUAAAGCUAAAAAUGAAGAAGAUGAUAUUCCUUAAUUAUAAGAGAAUUUCGAAGAAGUAUCAAAAAAAGUUGAUUGA